AACAUCCCUUUCCAUAUCCUUUGGGACAAUUGCAACGAAUUCAGUUGGAGUUUAAAUAUCUUACCACAAGACCACAGAAAUGAACAAGAACGGAAGUGCUGUGCCUAAUUUUUUUAGAUAAAUAGCGUUCGGUGCCAUUUUAUGUAGCUGUGUGAUAUAGUGGUUCAAACUCUUCCUAAACUGUAUGUAGUUGCCAGUUUGUGGAUGGAGUCAGCUCAUUAUCCUCCUUUGAGAUCAGACGCACUACCGAAAAAAACAUUCAGUGAAUUGGUCCGUGUUAGGGUGUACCAUGAUGGCUGAAUUAGGGGGUGGCCAAUUUGAUUUCUUUCUUUCUGGUACCUUCUUUUGGAGCCUUAACAUAAAGUGGAUGUACAAAAAGUUUAUUUCACUUAACUUAAGAGGGAUAUCUUAAAUCGUGGUAAUUCCUGACCAUGCACCAAAAACAUACACCAGAAAACAUUUCUUUUAGGCGUGUUCACUUCCCAGUUGACGGUCGUAGAGGAACAGGAAAUAAACGGAAAGUUUGUUGCGGGAAGCAAAGCAGGGAAUCAAACGAGCUACAAUGAGUCGAAUUUAUCAAAACACAGCGCUGCAAAAUAAACCUGUUAACAACGAAAAAAUAAACAGCAAGUGGCAGCCAUCUACCUACCAGAGUGGUCCUGGUGUCAUUUUGGAGGGCAGUUUGGUUGAUGUUUCACGGCACGUAAUCACUGACGACUGCAACGAAAAGGAUCGCUAUUAUGUUCUGUACAUUAAGCCCAAUCGAGUUCAUCGGAGGAAGUUUGAUGCGAAAGGGAACGAGGUCGAGCCGAACUUCAGUGACACCAGGAAGGUCAACACUGGCUACCUGAUGUCAUCUUUCAAGGUGGAGGCCAAAGGGGAGACGGAUCGCCUGUCCGAGGAGGAUCUGAAGGCGGCGGUGAACAAGGCGGAGCUCGUGAAGGUGACGGACAGGCACGCCCCCGGCGGGACCGUGGCGUUCUGGCUCCCCGAGGCGGAGAUGCAGAAGACCGAGCUGGAGCAAGGCCAGGACGUCCGCCUCAAGACCAGAGGAGACGGGCCCUUCAUUUUUUCCUUGGCUAAAGUGGACGGAGGCACGGUGACCAAGUGCAACUUCGCCGGAGACGAAAACGCCGGAGCCUCUUGGACGGACAAGAUAAUGGCGAACAAAGAUGGCGGGGGGAGCGGGGCGACGGGGGGUGGCCAGGGCGAGGGGGCGGAGGACGAGGAGUGGGAUGACUGAGAUGGGAGGUGCUACUCCUGGAGGAAGCAGGACCGGGGCACACACAGUGGCUUCCAGUGCAGAGAGAACACCACACUAUUACCCACAAACCCCUGCAUGGGCUGGAGGCCGAAGAGGAGGUCACAGGCUGCUGGCAAUUUUGUUAAGGGAACAUUAUUCAACAUGCAGACAUAUUUUAUGCCAGCUUAUAUUGCUGUGUCAUGCCAAUACAUAGAGAUGUAUACAUAAUCUCAUUAUAACUAUGCAUAGUGUCAUAAUAACGCAACUAAUAUACUCGGUUCAGAUCAACACUGUGACCAAACCAAAAUUUAACGUCAUAGUUGAAUUUAUUUGUUCACUGUUCCUGGAUCUUCUGUUUUUUUGGGGAUAAGGUUUUUGUGCAACAGUGCCAAUAGGCAGGCAAGAGUCAUAUUAUCUAGUAUUUUUUUUUACUGGUAUUGCAAUAAAGAGAUUUUUACAUACAACAACCAGAAAACUGAGGUUUUUAUAUCUGGAUAAUAUCAUUGUGAGUUAUUGCUGACCUAUGCUCUGUAUAUAGUUCUUUGCACGAACAUUUGCAGAUGCUUGUAGGUUUUGGCCAGUGUGGUUGUAAGCUAACUCAUGGGUAAUAUUGCUACCGCUAGAAUAAGCUUUAUGGAAAAAACAGGUAGUUUUUAGACAUCCAGUAAGUUAUUUUAGCUAUCGUACCGAUACAGAUAAAAAAUAUUAAAAAACACCACAUUUAUAUACGGACAUAGAUGAUCUGCCAUCUCUUCAUGAAUAAUGAGAUUGAUCCAGCAAUAUUAAUUUAAAGAUAAAGCUGAAAAGGUCAGUCAAUCAGUCAGGGGAGAUGGGUCAUGGGAGAUCAGUGCGCACUCCCCAAAAACAAUCCCAAAGUGAGGAAUUCAUCCCAAUUUACUAUAAUCGGCCAAAAUAAUAAGGAAAGAAAUCAGGUAAAGUGCAGACAGCCUGCAGUAGUCCGUCAGGCUCUCCGCCAUCCAUUAUAUGUGGAGAAUUAAUCAAAAAAAAAAGGACACCACUGCCUUCCUCAGCAAGCAGUAAUCAAUAACUGCAUUUUAAACAAGAACAC